AUGAGUCAAGAGAGUAUGAUUUUUGAAAAAAGAAUAGCAAUCAAAUUUGUUCUUGUUGUUCUUUCUUGUGUGUUUGUUUCAGGAGAUGCAGAAGUGAGAUGCAUCGAGAGCGAGAGAGAAGCUCUUCUUAGCUUCAAGAAUGGCACCAUCGACGAGGAUGGUUUUCUCUCGUCGUGGCGAAGCAACGAAUGCUGUGAAUGGGAUGGUGUUGAGUGCAGCAACACCACUGGUCAUGUCAUCGCCCUCAAAUGUGAUAAUUUUGGAUUGCAAGGUGAGCUUCGUUCUUCAUUGGUGGAGUUGCAUCAUUUAAUUCAUCUUGACCUCAGUUGGAAUGAUUUCGGAGGCAUUCCAAUCCCGGAAUUCAUUGGUUCCAUGAAACAAUUGCAACACUUGUCUCUUCAUGAUUCUAAUUUUUCUGGGGUUGUUCCUCCACAGUUUGGAAACCUUACCAAUCUACGCUCACUUGAUCUCUCGUUUAACUCUUUGACUUCAAUGUCUCUUUCUAUACUUGGUUCUGUGUUGGAAUCACUCCAAAUACUAAACUUGUCUGGAAAUCAAUUCAACGGAUCGAUCCCAGACCUGAGACCAUUUCCUUCGUUGACACACUUGGACCUCUCCGGAAACAACUUUACAGGUCCCAUUCCUCUGAGUCUUGGCCAACUCUCCGAGCUUCAAAAUCUAUAUCUUUCUUAUAAUUCUUUGGAAGGUUUAGUGUCUGAAUCCCACUUCAUAAAGCUUGAUAAAUUAACUACACUGGAUUUAUCAUUCAAUCCAUUAUUGAACUUGGAUAUUGCCCCUGAUUGGAGUCCUCCUUUUCAGUUGAGUAGAAUAUAUUUAGCUGAGUGCGAUGUGGGUCCAUAUUUUCCAAAGUGGAUACGAUCUCAGAGGAAUUUGUCAUCCCUUGAUCUCACUAGUGCCAAUAUAAGAGAUGAAGUCCCCAUAUGGUUGUGGAAUACGUCUUCCUUAUUAGAUGUCUUAAGUCUCUCCGACAAUCAAAUAAGUGGUACGAUUCCGAAUCUCUCAUCCACCUCCAUCAUGUUUAUGGAUGUUAGUUACAAUCAAUUCUCAGGUCCUAUACCAUUAUUUCCUGCAACUACUUAUGAGAUUCAUUGA